GGUCCCCUUGCUUGUUUCCUAAUCCCUUUUCCUCUCUUUCCCCACCCCCUACCUCCAAAGCCUACAACACACACACAAAAGCCUCUUCUAUCAGAGUUAGGUCUGUUUCAUUGAUCUUUGGUCCCUAAAAGAUCACAAAAUCAAAGGAAAAAAUUAGUUGUUUUGAUGGCGCAAACGGAAGGUUCAGAUGAAAAAAUCGGUGCAGAAGUAGUUACGGAAGGCCGAGAAGUAGGGGAUCGGGCGGUGGCGACGGCGACGGCGGCUCCGGCUCACGUUGAAUGCGCUGGUGUGGAUGUAUCGAAGCCAUCGCAGGUUGAGAAUUGUGGCACUACUCCUAAGCUUCCUAAUCACUGUGAUGGUGGUGACCAGAAAUUGAAGAGCCCAGAGAACAGGCAAACUUCAGUUUCAAUGGGAGAGAUUAGUGAUGCUGAAUAUGUUUCUGUUGGAGGAGAAGCACAUUCCCCUAGGAGUAAUAAUAUCAAGAAAGUCUCAGUUUUGCCUCUGGUUUUCCUGAUAUUCUAUGAGGUUUCUGGAGGGCCAUUCGGGGUCGAGGACAGUGUUGGGGCAGCUGGGCCUCUUCUAGCUCUUGUUGGUUUCUUGGUCUUCCCAUUAAUAUGGAGUAUCCCAGAGGCGUUGAUCACUGCAGAGAUGGGUACCAUGUUCCCUGAGAAUGGGGGUUAUGUGGUCUGGGUAUCAUCUGCCCUGGGCCCCUUCUGGGGUUUUCAGCAAGGUUGGAUGAAAUGGUUAAGUGGUGUUAUAGAUAAUGCUUUGUACCCAGUUCUGUUUCUGGACUAUUUGAAGUAUGCAAUCCCGGCUAUAAGUGGCGGUUUUCCGAGAAUCAUAGCAGUGUUAAUUUUGACAGUGAUUCUUACCUACAUGAACUUUAGGGGUUUAACCAUUGUGGGAUGGGUAGCUGUUCUCUUGGGGAUCUUUUCAAUCCUUCCUUUUGUGGUCAUGGGAGUUAUAGGGAUCCCAAAGUUGGAGCCUUCAAGAUGGCUGGAGGUAGAUCUACACAAUGUGAACUGGAACUUGUAUCUGAACACUCUGUUUUGGAAUCUUAAUUAUUGGGAUUCAAUAAGUACACUUGCAGGUGAAGUACAUAAUCCAAAGAAAACUCUGCCAAAGGCUUUGUUUUAUGCUUUGAUCUUGGUAGUUCUUGCCUACUUCUUCCCCCUCUUAAUUGGUACUGGGGCUGUUCCUGUUGAUCGUCAUUCAUGGACUGAUGGGUACUUCUCUGAUAUUGCUAAAAUCAUUGGGGGAGUUUGGUUGAGAUGGUGGAUCCAGGGGGCUGCAGCAAUGUCAAAUAUGGGGAUGUUUGUCGCUGAAAUGAGCAGUGACUCAUUCCAACUUUUAGGAAUGGCAGAAAGAGGGAUGCUGCCUGAGUUCUUUGCCCAGAGGUCUCGUUACGGAACCCCACUGGUUGGCAUAUUGUUCUCAGCUUCUGGGGUCCUUUUGUUAUCUUGGCUGAGCUUUCAAGAGAUUAUAGCAGCAGAAAACUUCUUGUACUGCUUUGGAAUGAUUUUGGAGUUCAUAGCGUUUGUGUGGUUAAGAAUAAAACACCCAGCUGCAGCCCGUCCUUUCAAAAUACCAGUGGGAACUGUGGGAGCCAUUCUUAUGUGUGUUCCUCCAACCAUUUUAAUCUGUGUUGUGUUGGUUCUUUCUUCAGUCAAGGUGUUGUUGGUAAGCCUGGGUGCUAUAGCUAUAGGCUUUAUGAUUGAGCCCUGUCUCAAACAUACUGAGAAAAAGGGAUGGCUGAAGUUCUCCACCAGCACUGAUCUUCCAGAUCUGAAUGUUGCUCGUCAAGAGAGUGACUCCUUAAUAGAUGACCAAGUUCUUAGACCAUGAAAAUGUGACACCUUAAGACUACUUUGGUGUCACUUCCCUCCGGAAGCAAUCUACGGCAGCUUUUCUUUAAGUGAUCAAAUUAGUAAACAAGUACGGAGUUACAGGUCUGUAUUAUAAAGCUGUUUGUCGUCCUAGCAUUUAGAAUGAUGAUAAACCUGUUUGUCAUCUUAGUUUUUAGAUUGAUGAUAAAUAGAAAUAUUUGUGAAACAUUUGAAAAUCAGCACCAUGAUACCAUGGUGAUGGUGUAGUGUUGUGAACUUGUUUUUAGUGGAGUGAUGCUUUGCCUUGGGUCAAAUAUGUACAUUAGAUUUUAUAACUGGCACAGAUCUGUAAUAUGUAACCUUUUAAUACGGUCGUUCAUCAUGAAAGAGCUUUAAUGCAGCUCAGUUAAGUAA